AUGGUGAAGUUAGCAAAGAGCGAGAAGAAUUUAUCUGAAUGGUGUGUUGCAAUGGUGAAAACUUCUCUCUCCACAUCAUCCCUUCCAGUCGGAAGUGUUGUGCAACAACAUGCAAAUCUUCCAUCGAGCCAUAAGGACUGCAGUGGUAUUGUGAUCGACGAGUCUUCUGCGUCCAAAGAGAACUCAACUCAACAAGAGAUACUGAGAAGUAUCGGUGAUGAAGAGCAGCUGACGCUACUGAUGCCUAACCCACUAAUUACUACCACUCCUUGUGCACAUUUAACACCUAACAGUGCCGUUUCACUCUCGUCGAUGGGUCGACCAGUGUGCCGAAUCUGUCAUUUAGUGAACGAAACAUGUCGCAAUCCAUUGGUAUCACCAUGUCGUUGUUCAGGAACCAUGCAAUUUGUACAUAUCGGUUGUCUUGUUCAUUGGUUGGAAAUCUCAGCAAAAAAAAUGUAUCCACAACCACGAUGUGAACUCUGCGGUUACAAUUACAAACGUCAUCCGUGCGUUGAUUUGAAACGUGUUCAUGUGCCCCGAAUUGACGUAAAAGAUGUAACAUUGAAUGGCGUAUUUUUGUUCGCUUUAGUGGUUAUGGUCGUUUGUGCAGUAUUAGGUGUUCACUUUCUACGGGUCACCGAUCAGUAUCGUUCGUUGAGGCUUUAUCGUGUCUCGCCAACACCGAUGAACAAUGAUGAUCUGACAGUCAUCACAUGUUCGGUACUUUUUUUUAUCGCCUUCUUCAUUGCUGUCUUUACGCAGUAUCGAGCCGAAGCCUCAAUAUUCCGAGUAUUUUUUCGUUUUUGGUUAAUAAAUCGUAAUUGGCAAAUCCGAAACUAUGACAUAUCGGAUGAUCCGGAAAUGCUUGUCGAGAAACAGGAGCGUUCAGAGAAAGUGGAUGUCACAGCGAACAAUGAGCGUUAUGUUAUGCUGGCAUGA